GACGCCCCCUUCCCGCCGAGAGAGUCGUCGAUCGAUCGACCGGCGGACCGGUUUGGUUCCGCCGCCGCCGGGGCCGGGCACAAUGGCGGGAGCCGUGAUCGUGCACCACACCACGAGGUACAAGACGUACCCCGGCGAGAUCACCGGCAUCGUCGUCUUCGCCUGCCUCAUCGCCUCCGUCGCCGGCUGCAUCUUCGGCUAUGACAUCGGCCUCACCUCCGGGUUGACGUCGACGGAGCCAUUCUUGGUCAAGUUCUUCCCGUCCAUCUACGAGGAGACGAAGAAGCAGGUGGUCGUGAACCAGUACUGCAAGUUCGACAGCCAGCUCCUCACGCUGUUCUGCUCCUCCCUCUUCCUCUCCGCGAUGACCGCUGCCUUCUUCGCCGGCCCCUUGACCCGGGCCUUCGGCCGGAAGUGGACCCUGUUCACCGCCGGGUCCGCGUACGUGUGCGGCGCGGUCCUCGGCGGCGUGUCCGUCAACUUCCCGAUGCUGCUCACCGGCCGGAUCCUCGUCGGCGCUGGCGUCGGGCUCUCCAUCCAAGCGUCCCCCCUCUACAUCUCGGAGAUGGCGCCCGCGCAGCAGCGCGGGAUGCUCAACAUCAUGUUCCAGCUGAUGAUCACGGUGGGGAUCCUGACGGCGAACAUGACCAACUACUUCGCGUCCAAGAUCCCCGGCGGGUGGGGGUGGCGCAUCGCCGUGGCGUUCGGCGCCGUCCCCGCCGGCGUCAUCGCGCUGGGCUCGCUGGCCAUCCCGGACACCCCGACGUCGCUCAUCCAGCGCGGCGACACCGCGACGGCGCGCAAGACGCUGGCCCAGAUCCGGGGCGUGGGCGACGUCCGCGAGGAGUUCGACGACCUGUCGACGGCGAGCGAGGAGGCCAAGGCCGUGGAGAACCCGUGGCGGGAGCUCUUCUUCGGCGGCAAGUACAAGCCCCAGCUGACGUUCUCGCUGCUCAUCCCCUUCUUCCAGCAGCUCACCGGCAUCAACGUCAUCAUGUUCUACGCGCCCGUGCUGUUCAAGACCGUCGGGUUCAAGCAGAACGCCUCCCUCGUGUCCUCCAUCAUCACCGGCCUCGUCAACGUCUUCUCCACCUUCGUCGCCGUCUUGACCGCUGACAAGGUCGGCCGCCGCGCCCUCUUCCUCCAGGGCGGCACGCAGAUGAUCAUCUCCCAGAUCCUGGUGGGCACCUUCAUCGGGCUGCAGUUCGGCAUGAGCGGGACGGGCGCCAUCUCGGAGCAGUAUGCCAUGUGCAUCGUGCUGUUCGUGUGCGUGUACGUGGCCGGGUUCGCCUGGUCGUGGGGCCCCAUGGGGUGGCUGAUCCCCAGCGAGAUCUACCCGCUGGCGGUGCGGUCAGCGGCGAUGAGCGUCACGGUGGCCGUCAACAUGUUCUUCACGGCCUUCAUCGGGCAGAUCUUCCUGACGCUGCUCUGCCACCUCCGGUUCGGGCUCUUCUACUUCUUCGGCGGCUGGGUGCUGCUCAUGACGCUCUUCAUCGCCAUGCUGCUGCCGGAGACCAAGAACGUGCCCGUCGAGGAGAUGGCGCACAUCUGGAAGAAGCACUGGUUCUGGAGGAAGUUCGUCGUCGACACCUCCCCCGACGCGCGCAGCGCCGAGAUGAGGAAGAGGAUAGCGCUAGAGAUGAGCUAGCUGAUGAUGAGGCCGAGCAAAGCCUCGUCAUCAGCCAAGUACAUUUGAUGGAUCGAUAGAUAGAGUGCAGAACACACAUGAAUGUUGUUGUAGAUUUGAUCAUACAUACUCC